AUGGACUACCGCUACCAACAUGGUACCGGGUAUGCCCACGCUGAUAGCAGCCAAAACACUGUGAUGGGAUCCACUGGGAAUGAAUAUGAAUCCGCAGAAGAUCACGAAAACAGGCAACAAUAUGGAGAAUUCUAUCAGCAAUACCCCCAUCAAUACACGCAAAGCACUCAGCCGGUGUAUACCGACGAUUACGAGGGCGACCAAAAUCGCCACUAUGGUAAUCAAGAAAUAUAUCAGAUGCAGAAUGCGAGCCAUCAACAACAUUACAAUGUUCCCACGAUUAAUGUAUACCAUGCUGCACAGCCCAUUCCUUUGGCUCACGAUAAUGUUGUACCAAUGCCUUCUGCUAACGACGUAACUGCGAGCAAUGACCAGUUGUAUGCCAUAGAUUAUGACCCUAGAAAUUCAGACUCCAGCGCUCAGAUCAGUAACGACGAGGCAUUCCCAGCAGAGACUAUGCCGAUUCUAAAUCACCAUCAUCUUAAUCAACGCAGACCACCUCCAGCCUCAAACUCUACAACGUUUGCUCCAGAUUACAACCAGCCCUCGGAUUACUACAAAUAUGACCCAGAAGACCCUGUAGAUUAUAUCGACCAAACGGGCGAUGACUACCAGAUCAACACAUUUUAUGGUAACAACAACCAGAUGGCUAACCCAUAUGCCAGCACCUUCGAUUUGAAUGAGUAUGCUGAUCAAGAAGUAUAUUCGGACGGAGCUAGCUCUGCGGGCUACGACGAAAGAAGAAGCAGAGAUUUGGCCGAUUAUUCGUAUGACAACGCGGACGUCACCACUCUCUCGAAACUUGCGGGCUCCAGAGAACUUUUGGAUGAAGAAGACGAGGACAUAGUGCUCAACAACCGAGGUGAGAAAAUGGAUGGAAGCGGCUCGAUUGACGAGGGCCGUAGGCCGUUGAGAAAACACACUACUGUCCGGAAGUUCAAGCUGAGCAUGGGCAAUUUCGUCUUUGAUUGUCCCAUCAGUGAAAACCUCAUAGGUCAAUAUGUCAGAGCGGUGGAUGAUCAAGACAAGCUGUCGAACGAGUUCAAGUUCAUGCGAUACCAGGCCGUAACGUGCGAACCGCUAAUGUUUCAGCCCAACAAUUUCACGCUUCGCCAACUGAAAUAUGGCCAACCCCGUCGUACGGAACUCAUGAUAGUAAUAACCAUGUACAACGAAGACGAUGUGUUAUUAGGCAGAACAUUGAAGGGAGUCAUGGACAAUAUACGCCAUUUCACAAAAAAGAAGAAUUCAUCGACUUGGGGUUCAGAUGCGUGGAAAAAAAUUGUGGUUUGCAUCGUUUCCGAUGGAAGAUCUAAGAUCAAUGAACGUUCACUAGCUCUUAUGAGUGCUCUCGGCUGUUACCAGGACGGUUUUGCGAAAGGCGAAAUCAACGACAAAAAAGUAAUCGCUCACGUUUAUGAGCACACUUCCAAAGUCAACAUUCGAAGCGUUAAAGAUGGAAAGGUAGAACUUGAUUGUGGUGUCAAUACUGUACCAAUCCAAUUGCUGUUCUGUUUGAAAGAAAACAACCAGAAAAAAAUCAAUUCUCAUCGUUGGGCACUUGAGGCUUUUGGGGAAGUCUUGCAGCCCAACGUUGUCAACCUUUUGGAUGCUGGAACUAUGCCAGGUAAGGACUCUAUUUAUGAACUAUGGCGCGAAUUUAAAAAUCCACAGGUGGGUGGAGCAUGUGGAGAAAUCAAGACGGAUCUGGGCAAAGGGUUUCGAAAGCUUUUCAAUCCUCUUGUAGCUUCGCAAAACUUCGAAUAUAAACUAUCGAACAUUUUGGAUAAGACCACAGAAUCGAAUUUUGGGUUUAUCACCGUGCUACCGGGCGCUUUUUCUGCGUACCGCUUCGAAGCGAUACGAGGAGAGCCAUUGCGGAAAUAUUUUAUGGGUGACGAUUUGAACGCAAGGGUUUUCAUCUCUAACAUGUACCUUGCUGAAGAUAGAAUUCUAUGUUUCGAAAUCGUCACGAAAAAAAAUAGCAAUUGGAUCUUGAAAUAUUCAAAGAGUUCUUAUGGGUCUACCGAUGUUCCUGAAAAAAUACCUGAGUUUAUUUUGCAACGGAGAAGAUGGAUGAACGGCUCUUUCUUCGCAGCGUUGUACUCAUUUAUUCACUUUUACAAGAUUUGGAGCAGUGGCCACUCUGUGGGCAGGAAAUUCAUGCUCAAUCUGCAAUUCAUAUACCUUGCUUUGAGCAGUUUGGUUUCAUGGUUUUCCUUGAGUUCUUUCUUUCUUGUUUUCAGAAUACUAACCGUUUCGAUUGCGGUUUCAUACAAUGACCAAAAGGUCUUCCGCGUUUUGUCGGUGAUAUUUCUGUGGCUUUACGGUGUUUCCGUGCUGAUAACAUUCAUUCUUUCCCUGGGUAAUAAACCUAAGGGAACUUCAAAGUUUUACCUGUCAACUUUCAUCUUCUUUGCAGUUCUCAUGGUGUACAUGAUAUUUUGUUCCAUUUUUAUGAGUGUGCACUCGAUUCGCAACAUCAUAGAUGCUGGGAACGUUACAUUCCGCGGCUUACUUCUACAAGAGACUUUCAGAGAUCUCAUAAUAUCAAUGGGUUCAACUUACUGUUUAUACCUGUUGAGUUCCUUAGUGUACUUGCAUCCAAUGCAUAUGUUCACAAGUUUUGUACAAUAUCUGCUGCUGAGUCCGUCAUACAUCAAUGUGCUGAACAUUUAUGCUUUUUGCAACGUCCAUGAUAUUUCUUGGGGCACUAAAGGUUUCGCGGCGAAACCACUGGGCAAAAUUCAUUCGAAGGAAGACGGAACAGUAAAACUGGAAAUUCCAGUUUCUGCUAUGGAAAUUGAUGCCAACUAUCUAAAGCAUUGCGAGAUAUUAAAGAAUCCAGCAGCCGAAGAAGAAGAUGAUGAGCUCUCGCUGGAGGAAAAAAAGACUAGCUACUACGCCAUGGUGCGAUCCGUGGUAAUUAUUUUGUGGGUUAUUUCGAAUUUCGUCAUUGUUGCGGUGGUCCUCGAAACGGGUGGGAUUGGACAGUACGAGUCACUCAACAGCUCUAGCACGGCCACUCAAACAACGGUCUCAAUUCUACCUCAACGGUCUACCGUAUAUUUCUCCGUCAUUCUGUGGCUCGUGGCCUUUAUGGCCGCAUUUCGUUUUAUUGGCUGCUGUGUCUAUCUCACGAAGAGAUUUUUCCACCGUCUAAGGUUUCGGUCAUGA